CUGGAGCCCCGCCGUUCCGCAAUUCUUCUUUUUCCUUCCUGGGUCACUCCUUUCUCUCCCGUCACUCUCAAUCCGCGCCGUCUCCAGUCACACUCACUUACCUUACUCACUCGCUCACUUUCCUUCACUCACCUGCCAUUCCCUGUUUGCUCUGCUUUACUCUUCUGUUCUGGCUCCUGCCGAGUUAUCUUGAGUCUUGACUGAGUCUUGCGUCUUGCGCCUUGCUCAUUCGACCAGUAACAACUCGAACCAACCAAGUCACUCGUUUGCGUUUGCUUCGUUUCCCCUCCUAUUACUUCCGAGGUUUUCUUCUUUUUUUUCCCCCUCUUCCGCCCGUCACGGAAAGACCAAAAACUGAAGGGUAAAAAUCAUAAUCAAACCCCCCCCUCGAUCCGAGAGCAUCCAUCUACCGACCCGAGUCCUUCUUUUACACACCCUCCCUCCCUCUUCUCUUCUCUUCUCUUCUCCUCCCUCUCCUCCUCUCGCUUCUCUCUAAGCCUUCCACCGUCUCUCGACACGACUGUCGACCGUGUCAAAACUACGAACGGCACCGCGAGAUCCAGCAUCUCUGCGACAACCGGAAUACGAUCUAUUCUCGACCGGGAUUGUCGAAGUACACCCCUGACGGGACCUCACCACUUUCUCUUUAAUCGAGAGGCCACGAUAUAGCCAUUACGACAUUUGCCAUCCGACCUUCGACAUUCGUUUCCUGUUCCGGAACACCGACCAACCCGCCGACUGCAAAGGCUAGAAAAGCUUAGGCUUGGUUCCUGCAUCCCGUCCCGUCCCUCCUCGCGCAACAUCAGGACUGGCUUCGACGCACCACUUCCUGCCGCCGGCCUAUCGUGCAGGAGACCAUUGAAUCUCGUGUGGAUGAGUGUGCGACCCUGGACCAUCCGACUCCUUGUCCUGCUUUGCGAGCGAACGAAUCCCCUUUUCGUUUUGUCGUCUCGGCAGCUCUAUUCUCAGCCGCGACCUUUUCUUCCUCCCUCCAGCUUCAACACCAGCCGAGAGAUAGACACAGCCUCGAAAUAUCUAUCUGAGGAGCAAAAGAGCACCCACCUGCGACAUUGACAGCCGGACCUGAACUCCAUCCUGCUGAAACACCCCCGACACAGGCAAGCCCCGUCUUUGAUCGUCUUCGACCCAGGCAUCUCAACUUUCAGACGCUGCCUCGACCAAUCGUCCCCAACAACACAGCUCGUUUCAAACAAACAAACAAACAAGCUUUCGGCUUCCGUCCCAACUCGUCGAACCACAAUCCCGACAUCCCUCUUAAUGGCAGCCGCUUAAUGAAGACCCAUACCCUAGCUCGAUAAAUCGACCCCAACAAGAAGGAAGACGAGGAGCGGUCCUCCAGAAGAACCGACACAGCUCCUUUUCCUUUUUCGGCCAAGACACGGCAGAAAAUACUGACCACUAUGAACCGUUUUCGCACCAAGAAGAAGGCGAAGGAUGAUGCUGCCUCGGCGCCGAGGGCUUCCCACGAGUCCGAAUCCUCUACGCCCUUCCGCCUGUUCGGCAAGGCCAAGAAGUCCCAAGAGGAGGAACCGAAGAAGGAGCUGGACCUGGAGAAUGCUCUGCCGCCAAGCGAUGACUUCCGGACGAGUCUGCUCAUGACGGGCCUUUCUGCACGAUUCUCCAUGCUCAGGGAACAAGAUGACCCAAACACCAAGAUCGGCAAGGCGAGCGACGACAGCGUUUUAUUCCCCAACCGACAGUCAAGGUUGAUGGACUUCGGCUUCGGCCCGGGUGCCAAUGCACUCUCGGACAUUGCAGAGGUUGAGUCCAUCAGGAAAGAGGCGCCCUUCAACCGUAUGGACUCAUACCACUCGGCAGACGGCAGCUCUAUCUCGGGUAGCGUUAUGGACCGCGCCAAACCCGGCGAAGGCAAUAACCUAUUCGGCGGACGACAGAAGGUGUACAAGCUUGCCUCGGGAACCGCAUCGACAAAGAACCUUGAAGGCGGAGGCAUGAGUGGCCGUGUCCUCUACGACGACGACGUGUCCAAGUCGGCUUUCCAGAAAUGGAGACAGACCGAGAAGUCCAAAAUGUCGUUCGACGACGAGCACGAUCAGACGCAAUCGAGUCUCGAUCUUGCUCGCGCUGAGUCUCCUCCGCCCGUAGGCUACAAUAGCAAAAGAGAGACGAACUCGACGACGUCGUCCACGCCCUCCGUCGGCCGCAAUUCCACCGCAGCCACCUCAGUCAUGUCGCAGCCCACGUCCGCAGCAAAGGACUGGCAGUCAAACUCAACGGCUCCCAAUUCGGCCGCAGGCACUCCUCAUCUCGAACGCACUUACACUCGAACGCGCCGCCUCUACGAGACGGGACUCAAUCACGAGCUCCAAGAGCAGCAAUCCUCGGCCCUGUCGCGUAUGGACACGCUGUCCCGCCAGCGCACCCUCGGCAGCAGAACUCCCGACCUGAUGCAGAACGGGCCGUCCCCGACAAGUAGCCUCUUCAAUGACCGGUUCGGUGAGAGGAGGAUCUUGGCCAAGGCCAGUGCUCCCAACCUGCGAUCCGGGAGCCCACUAACGGUCGGAAGCCCGAUCCCUCCCAUGGAUCUGGGCGUGACGAACCCGGAGCCCAAGCCCUCGUUUGGCGGCGCGCCUCCCCUGAGCCCACCCAUCAGCGAGGGCGAGGAGAACUCCAUCCUGCCCAGUGAUCGCGGCAAGGCCACCGCAAUGGGACUGUUCCAGAAGCCACUCCACUCGUACGACGAGUCGAGAUACGCCCAGAGACAGCUCCAACUUCAGCAGGGUCGCGACACGCCGGCCCACAGAUUCCGCGCCGAGUCUAACGCCUCUCAGACAACCGGUCGCUCGCGGUCGUCUUCCUCGGCCCACAGACUUCCGAUCGAGAAGCCCGAACCCACCAUCCGGACCGAGCCGACCGUGAAGGAGGAAGAGGCCGGGAUGAGCUUCUACGACGAUUCCAUGUCGCCACAGGAUGAAUACACAAGGCCUGCUGCAGGUUUCCACCCCGCGUCAAGACGGCCAGCCGACCGCGAUCAUCCCGCACUCAGGAACUCGGCAGAGCCAGCCCCAUUGUCGUCGACGAUCACGAGAGUUUCGGCUGAGCCGUCGCCUACGCCUGAACAGCCUUUCCCUCCCGUCUCUGCCGUGUCCAUCGAGUCACCGAACUCGUCUCAGGACUCACCCACUCUCCCUUCAUCAUCGGGCCUCAGUGGUAUGGUCCGCCAGCACCUCCGGACCGACAGUGCGACGUCGUCCCUUUACGGCUCAGCGCCGCAGACGUCCAACUUUGCUUCCAGGUUCCCGCUUGAUCCCUACGAUUCCAAGUCCAUGGCGGACAUGGGAGCUAUGGCCAACCCCUGGGAGGCUCAGUCGCCGGACUGGAGAAACUCGACCUUCAACGGAAACGAGCAGGCCGACGGUGAGCACAAGGAGCAGCAGCCCGCUCCCCAGCCUCGCCCAGCUCUGUCAUCGGGCACCCGGAACGCCUCGGAGCGGAACACGGGCUCCAGCACCGAGAUGGAGAAGGAUCAAGACGAGUUCGCCAGUCAACUUGCCGAUGGCGCCCGUCGGGUCCGCGAGAGACUUACGUCGUAUGUCGAGUCCGACCGCGACAGUCGGUCUCUGUCGCCUAACCCCGUAGACCGUAUCCGUGAGCCAUCGCUGCCCCGCCCGAACCCGUUGGGCAUCCUGAGGCAAAAGACGAGCCGUGGUUCCUUGAUCGACCGCAAUCGGGAGAACCGCCAGGACAGCCAGCACUCCAAAGCCAUCAAGAUGCUCGGCCUUGCGUCGUCAACCAUCAGUAGCGCCCCCAGCCCGAGCCGGUCCAGUUUUGAGGACAAGGAACCCCAGUCCCCUGUUCGCGAGGACCGAGAGAAGCCCUCGUUCCCCAGAGCUGAGACGACCCCCGUGUUGCCGUCGCAGGAGACGAGCAAGGAGAAGGAAGAGGAGCCUGUGCACGCUGGAUUGAGGGCCUUCAGACAGGCCAGGAAGCAGUUGCUGGAGUCCCAAAAGAGUCCUUCGACUAUCCCGAUGGUGCCUGGCCCGAUGCCCGGCUCCAUGGCCACUCCCAUGGUUGGCCCGCCGGCUUCUCGCACCGCCCCAAGCCGUGAGCGGACUCCCAGUCAGCGGUCAGCCUCCCGUGAGCGACGACCGCCUCCCGUCACCUACCAGCAGCGGGCACCGAGCGAAGAGCCUCAGUUCAGCAACGGCCCGGGACGAGCGGCGUCUCGCCCUCCGUCCCGGACGGAACGCGACCGCAGUGGCUCGGAAGCCAGUAACGGCGAAAGGUCUCAUCGUCCCGCCCGACUCCGCACCGGUACCGCCUCAUCUCCACACGAGGACCGCGGAAUGGGCCUCAACCCGCCUCAGGGUCCCCAUUCAGGUCGGCCGGCCAUGUUGCAAUCCCCCGGGCUCCCCGGCACCAACAUCCGUCGGUCUCCUAUCAUGCCUCCUCAGCCGUACCCGACGGGCGCUCCUUCGGCGAAGACACUCGACCGAUCCGCUUCCUCGGGCAACCUAGCCGUGCAGUACCGUCGCAGAGGGCCUGACCCCGCGCAGCCUUCUCCGAUCUCUCCCAUGGCGCCCAUCCCUUCGCCUUCGAUCCCUGUCAGCCAGUCUACGCCUUCAUUCGCCCCCUCUCGCCGACCAUCGGCGCCUCCUGUGCCAUCGCCCAACUACGAGAACCCUGCCGCCAGCCGCCUUGACGAGUCGAUGAAGAGGACGGUCAGGAAGAGGGACAUUUCUGAGCCAACCUUCGUCUCAUCCACCUCGCGGGUCCCCACCGUGGCGCUCCCCGAGACAUCUGAGUCGCGCUCGAGAAGCGGCUCGCGGUCGAGGUCCGGCAGCAUGCUCGGCGGCGCAGCUUCGACGCCCAACCUUCACGCCACCAUGCAGGCUCAUGCCAAUGCCCCUCCUGUUCCUCCCAUCAACCCCAAACGCCGCAACAUGAUCGGCUCAAUGAUGGGUCGCCGGGGCGAGGACGACUCGGGCGCCAGCUCUCCCCAUCCGACUUUCUCGCCACCCCCGGUUCUCGGUGAACGCGGCGGAGAUAGCCACAGCGCCUUUUCCGUCAGUGACGAAGAGGACGGGCCAGGAUCUCAGCGACGCCGUCUUCGAAAGACCAUCAGCGAGGCUAACGGGAUGAACAUGCGGGCCCGUCUUGCGCGCGGCAACAGCCCUCCCAACAUGCCGGCGCCCACGGCAAUGACUGGCGGUCUCAACAACGGAUCCAUGCCUGGCGGCAUGAUCUAGACUCUCGUCAAUCUACCAUGAAACCUCUUGGUUUGCCUUCUUAUCAUCUCUUACUGUCAUCAAAACAAAGAAAAAACGGUUUGGCGGGGUAAAAGGAAAGAGAGAGAGAGAAGAGAGUACGGUCAUCACGAAUCUACGAGAACAUUUUGUAUUUCGCCCAACAUUUCCCUUUUUCCCCUUUUUUUUCCCCUUUUUUCUUUUCCCCUCAAUCAUCCACUAACCCGGUCGUAUGAUCGUGUCGUUCCUAUUGUAUAUUUCUCAUUUUCAUUCUACCUUCUUCUUAGGUAAUGGCACUUCCGUGCUCGACCUUAUCUGUCUUGGAGCUCCUGGAGAGGGUCUUAAUUUGGGCGGGCUUCUCGGGUUUUGCUGUGGGGUUGCUUCAAUGCGUUGUUAGUGGUGGGCCUGGCGUCUGCCGCGGGCAAUUAUUGAACAUUGGCAGGAAAGGUGAGAUACGUAAAAGGGGAGGGGGAUGUCUUUUCGAGUUUCAAGAAUACCAGAAUAUUUGGAAGCCAUGGCGAGGCUGGUGGGCAAAGGACUGAGUGUGAUAUACCAUUUCUUAAGAGUAGGGAGAGGAGGGGUGUAGUGGAAGCAAUCAACCCACUUAGGAUCAAGUACGACUGC